AUGUCUGUAGCACAGUUUGAUGCGCUGCUGACAACACUUGCGCCGCACAUCAGAAAGAAGACCACAAAUUUCCGUGAUCCGAUUGGCCCUGAACAGCGACUUGCAGUGUGUCUUAGAUAUCUCUGCACAGGCGACUCUUUUACCACCAUCGCCAAUAGCUACAGGCAUCACCACUGUGGGGAAGAUAGUGAGGGAGACCUGUGA